UUUAUUUAUUUUUCCGCCAUCAGAAACUCCGAAAUCAUCAACAAGUCAUCGACGCCGAACAACAAGUUUCAACCCUCCACAAAACCUCAAAAACCCUAAUCACUCAGAUUUCAAUACCUUGACACACUUCUCAUUUCAACAAAUCAUUGCUAAAUUUCACCAAUUUACGCACAAAAAAAGAGUUUAAGCUCAGCUACUGCUCACAAAUUGAGACUAAUAAUGUCAGGUUCUGGAAGCUUCGCGGUAUCGCGAAGCCACAGCGGUGACAGAUUUUAUAACCCACCAAUGCGCCGACAACAACAACAACAGCAGAUGCUAUUACAACAACAACAACAGUUACAGAAACAACAACAGCAGCAACAGUUGCAGAGAGCUACAGCUAAAGCUGAUGUGGCGGCAGCUACUGCUGACGUGGCGGCGAACCGUACGGAUUCGGAUGAUUCGACUAGUACAUUGUCUAAAACGCCCUCCGUAUGUUCGGCUUCGCCGCCAAGGCCGCCGCCUGUAAAUGUGACUAAUUUGGAUCGGUUGAUGGAAUCUGUUACUCCUUUUGUGCCAGCUCAGCAUUUUUCUGAGGUGAAUGUAAGAGGCCGUAGAACUAGGGAAGCAGAGUCAACUAUGUAUUAUUGCCUGGGGGAUCUCUGGGAAUCUUUUAGCGAGUGGAGUGUCUAUGGUGUGGGCGUACCAGUAUUGUUGAAUGGAAAAGACUCAAUUAUACAAUAUUAUGUACCUUUCUUAUCCGGCAUCCAGUUGUACGUAGAUCCAUCAAAGCCGUCUUCACGCCUUAGGAGGCCUGGUGAAGAGGGUGAUGCUGACUCAUCAAGGGAGACCAGCAGUGGUGGAAGCAGUGACUGUGAAGUGGACAGGCGGUCCAAAUCCUCUUCCGAUGGGCUGUGGAACCAGCAUAGCCUUGUAAAUCAAAAUGCGCAGCGACUAAAUAGACUGUCGUUGAGAGAUAAGGCAGUCACGGGUUCAUCGAGCGAUGAAGCUGAAAUUUCUAAUUCUCUUGGGCAACUCAUGUUUGAGUAUUUGGAGCAUGAGCAACCACACCAUCGGAGACCAUUGGCUGACAAGAUAGCAGCUUUGGCAUCUCAAUUUCCAGAGCUGAAGAAGUGCAGGAGCUGUGAUUUACUGCCUUCUAGUUGGAUAUCUGUAGCUUGGUACCCAAUAUAUAGAAUACCUGUGGGUCCCACAUUGCGGGAUCUGGAUGCUUCUUUCCUAACCUUUCAUUCUUUGUCCACACAAUCCAGAGCUUUGAACGCAGUUCAACCACGCUACCAUGGUGCAACUGGCAGGAAAGUUCUUGGAAAUGUAAAUGCAUGCUCAAGAAUUUCUUUACCGGUCUUUGGCCUUGCUACAUACAAACUGAAAGGCUCAAUCUUGAGUCCAUGUGGACCUCACGAAUCCGAGCAAGAAAAUUGUCUAUUGCAAGCUGCAGACAGUUGGCUUCGGCUCUUGCAGGUUAUCCUUCCCGAUUACCAGUUUUUCCGUGUGCACUAUUCUCCAUGGAGAUGACACAGCUCUUGAUGCUCCUAAUUGUCUGCUGAUCAUCGGGGGAGAAGUUUAGAUUAUCAGUUUGGUUAAAAAGUUCUGAGAUCUAAAACCCCAGACUCUGACCAACUAAGCUUGGUCUAUGAUCCAUAUCUCCGUUCAGCCUCCCAUUCUAGGGGUGGGAAGGUUUUUGUUUUGAAUUGGAGAAAAAGCUUAGACGGGGCUGAGAACUCUCAGAUAGUGAGUCUAUUUGACUCUCACAGUGGAAAAGUUGCUUCGUUGUACUUUAUGAUUGUUUCCUGAAAUGUGGCAGGAAUCCUCAUCCCUGUUUACCCUGCCUGUUUUGCUUUGCUGGGUGGCUAAAAUAUUAUGAUCUUAUAUGGAUAGGGAUGUGGUCUUUGUUCAGUCAGGAGCAGAAGUUCUUGACAAGUGAUGGUGAUGAAAAAUUUGGAACCUGUAUUUUGGAUUGCACAUACAAAUUGAUAUAAGUACUUAUAGUUUUGUCAAAUUUAUACAACCAAUAUGCUGCA